AACAGCUUUCUGGUGGUCCGAAAGAACAGUGUUGAUUCAAGAUGUCUGACAGCGACGACAGUGAUUUCUCUGACAACCGCAGUGAGCACAGCAGCGAAGCAGAGGAAGUUGAAGAAAAUGAGGAAGAAGACGGAGGAGGGAGUUUGGCGGGAAGUGAUAAGGAGGCAGAGGAGCAAGGGGAAGACCUAGACGAUGAAGAGGAGUAUGACGAAGAGGAGGAAGAGGAUGACGACCGCCCUCGAAAGAAACCACGUCACGGGGGCUUCAUCUUGGACGAAGCCGAUGUGGAUGAUGAGUAUGAAGAUGAAGACCAGUGGGGUGAGGAGGGUGAGGAAGACAUCUUGGAGAAGGAGGAAGCAGAGGCCUCUAAUUUAGAUCAGGUGGUGCAGGAGGAGGAUCACUCUGGCUCCCGCAGGCUUCAGAAUCUCUGGAGGGAUUCUCGGGAGGAGGCCCUGGGGGAGUAUUAUAUGAGGAAGUACGCCAAGUCAUCAGGAGGCGAACAUUUCUACGGAGGCUCGGACGAGCUGUCUGAUGACAUCACACAGCAGCAGCUUCUCCCCGGUGUCAAAGAUCCCAAUUUGUGGACUGUGAAGUGUAAGAUUGGGGAGGAACGGGCCACAGCCAUCGCACUCAUGAGGAAGUUCAUCGCCUACCAGUUUACAGAUACGCCCCUUCAAAUCAAGUCGGUGGUGGCCCCGGAGCAUGUGAAAGGCUACAUCUACGUGGAGUCGUACAAGCAGACCCAUGUGAAGGCGGCCAUCGACGGGGUGGGGAACCUCCGCAUGGGCUUCUGGAACCAGCAGAUGGUUCCGAUCAAGGAGAUGACGGACGUGCUGAAGGUGGUCAAGGAGGUCACCACGCUGAAGCCCAAGUCCUGGGUCCGCCUGAAGAGGGGGCUCUACAAAGACGACAUUGCUCAGGUUGAUUAUGUGGAACCCAGUCAGAAUACAGUCUCUCUGAAGCUGCUUCCUCGGAUAGACCUGGAUCGAAUUAAAGCCCGCAUGAGCAUGAAAGACUGGUUUGCCAAAAGAAAGAAGUCGAAGAGGCCUGGCCAGAGACUGUUUGAUGCCGAAAAGAUCAGGUCACUUGGAGGGGAGGUGACCCACGAUGUUGAGUUCAUGAUUUUCGAGGGCAACCGCUACAGCAGAAAGGGCUUCCUCUACAAAACCUUCGCCAUGUCUGCUGUGAUUACAGAUGGUGUGAAACCAACGUUGUCUGAAUUGGAGAAGUUUGAGGACCAGCCAGAGGGCAUUGACUUGGAGGUGGUCACAGAGACCACAGGGAAGAAGGAGGAGCACAACCUGCAGGCGGGGGACAACGUGGAGGUGUGCGAAGGGGAGUUGAUCAACCUCCAGGGGAAGAUCCUCAGUGUGGACGGCAACAAGAUCACCAUCAUGCCCAAACACGAGGACCUCAAGGACCCGUUGGAGUUUCCUGCACAUGAGUUGAGAAAGUACUUCAGGAUGGGCGAUCACGUCAAGGUUAUAGCUGGACGUUAUGAAGGCGACACCGGACUCAUUGUGCGAGUCGAAGAGAACUUUGUCAUCCUCUUUUCCGAUCUCACCAUGCAUGAGUUGAAAGUGUUACCGCGAGAUCUGCAGCUGUGCUCGGAGACGGCGUCGGGCGUGGACGCAGGAGGCCAGCACGAGUGGGGAGAGCUGGUCCAGCUGGAGCCCCAGACCGUUGGGGUCAUAGUCAGGCUGGAGCGAGAGACUUUCCAGGUGCUGAACAUGCAUGGCAAGGUGCAAACGGUCCGCCACCAGGCUAUCAAUCGUCGCAAAGACAACCGCUUCGCAGUUGCCCUGGACUCUGAGCAGAACAACAUCCAUGUGAAGGACAUUGUGAAAGUCAUAGAUGGUCCCCAUUCGGGGCGAGAGGGAGAGAUCCGUCACCUUUUCCGAGGUUUUGCCUUCCUUCAUUGCAAGAAGCUGGUAGAGAAUGGCGGCAUGUUUGUGUGCAAGACGCGUCACCUGGUCCUCGCUGGAGGUUCAAAGCCAAGGGAUGUGACCAACUUCACCGUUGGAGGAUUUGCCCCCAUGAGCCCUCGCAUCAGCAGUCCCAUGCACCCUGGUGGAGGAGGAGGAGGAGAACGAGGAGGAGGCAACCAGAGGGGUGGUGGAGGUGGAGGAAUGGGGCGUGGCCGAGGACGACGCGACAACGACCUGAUUGGCCAAACGGUCAGGAUUUCCCAGGGACCCUACAAAGGUUACAUCGGAGUGGUCAAAGACGCCACAGAGUCCACGGCGCGUGUUGAGCUCCACUCCACCUGCCAGACCAUCUCUGUGGAUCGCCAGCGUCUCACAACUACGGGUGCCAAGAGGCAAGGUGGCGCGACGUCCACACACGGACGCACCCCGCUAUACGGCUCCCAGACGCCCAUGUACGGCACUGCUGGCUCUCGCACGCCCAUGUACGGCAGCCAGACUCCGCUGCAUGAUGGCAGCAGAACGCCUCACUACGGCUCCCAGACCCCGAUUCACGACGGGAGCAGGACACCCGGCCAGAGCGGCGCCUGGGACCCGAACAACCCCAACACACCAUCACGUGGGGAAGAGGACUAUGAGUUUGGCUAUGACGAUGAGCCGUCACCAUCGCCCCAGGGCUACGGCAGCACACCCAACCCUCAGACGCCGGGCUACCCCGAGGUGCCCUCGCCACAGGUCAACCCCCAAUACAACCCACAGACCCCGGGGACCCCAGCCAUGUACAACACAGACCAGUAUUCGCCAUACGCAGCUCCAUCGCCUCAAGGCUCGUACCAGCCGAGCCCCAGUCCUCAAAGUUACCACCAGGUGGCGCCCAGUCCCGUGGGCUACCAGAACACACACUCACCGGCCAGCUACCAUCCCACGCCCUCUCCUAUGGCUUAUCAGGCCAGUCCGAGCCCCAGCCCGGUAGGCUACAGCCCCAUGACUCCCGGGGCCCCGUCUCCGGGCGGAUAUAACCCCCACACCCCCGGCUCCAACAUCGACCAGACCUCCUGCGACUGGGUCACGACAGACAUCCUGGUGCGGGUCAAGGACACCUUCAUGGACGGAGGGGUGGUGAACCAGACGGGCGUCAUCCGCAGCGUCACGGGAGGCAUGUGUUCAGUGUUUCUUCAAGACACGGAAAAGGUGGUCAGCAUCUCUAGUGAACACCUGGAGCCCAUCACGCCAACUAAAAACAACAAGGUGAAGGUGAUUUUGGGGGAGGACCGGGAAGCCAGUGGAGUAUUGCUCAGUAUCGAUGGCGAGGACGGCAUCGUUAGGAUGGAGCUGGACGAACAGCUCAAGAUCCUCAACCUCCGCUUCCUUGGCAAGCUGGAAGUUUGAUUCAAGAUUCUUAACGUCCACUUUCUUGGCAAGCUGGAAGUUUGAUUCUGUAAUCAAACACGGAUGAAAAGCCACGUUUAUUGGAAGCGAAAUGGUUCAAAGUCUGUUUUUGUGCAACUUUAUACGACGUUUAUGUAUGACGAUGCAGAAUUAUCCCAAAACAUGUAAGUGACGUGAAAAAGUUGAAGCAGAUCUUCUUAGUCCCCUGUUUAGUUUUUUUUUCCACGAUAAUGAUUUUAUGUCAGUAAAAUAUGCCUGAUUGUCUGCUUUAUUCUUCAAA